UGGGCAAACCACGUCACAAUGGCGGCGUGCUUGAUGCGGCAGUUUCGAACGUCCUGCGUCCAUGAUCGCCGUGAUAUUUGAAGUGUUUCCGCAUGCGCAUGCCAAGCAACAGUACCUCGACAUCGCCGCGUCCCUUCCGCCGCUGCUGAAGGACAUCGACGGGUUCACCUCGAUCGAGCGCUUUCAGAGUCUCAGCAGUCCGGACAAGGUGCUGUCGCUGUCGUUUUGGCGGGACGAAGCGGCCAUUCAGCGUUGGCGAAACAUCGAGUCCCAUCGCUUCGCCCAGGCCAAAGGACGAGAUGGGAUCUUCCAAGACUACCGCAUCAGCAUUGGCGGCAUCGUGCGGGACUACGGCCUCACCGAACGAGAGCAACCGCCACAGGAUAGUCGCGACACCCACGGAUAACAUGCUACACCCCGUUCGUCACGAUACGUAUACUUUGUUCCUUCCCAACACAGUGCUAUUCCUUACUUGAAUCUACCACUCUACUAACUACCCUACCUACAAGUCGGUGAAAUCGUCCAUGUUGUCACAAUCGAGUGGGAACAGCGCAAACGAGAACUCGUCGUGGUCGUGCAUGUGCUUGCAG